AAAGUUUCCGAGUCCAUUCCGGGAGCGGGAGCCCAUCUUGCUCACUGCCGAGGCUCUUGCUGGAGGAGGAGGGUCAGAGCUUGGGUGCAGCCAAUCGCGGCCAACGCUGCUAGUUAUCAGAGCAGAAUGGGCUGUAGUUUAGUGAAAUAGGAAAGCUGCAAAAACACUGGAGUGCUCCCGUGUAAAUAAAAAGAGGAAAAAAAGUUUCUCAAGUCGCCACUGCACGACGUCGGGCCGGCGCCGGGGUGGGGGUUUGCGCUCUCCCGAGCGGCCGCGCGCUGGACUUUAUUGUGCCGCAACAAGCCCCGUUCCCAUUGUUUGUGUGUUUUUCAAAAUAUGGCAAAGGUUCAGGUGAACAAUGUAGUCGUGCUGGAUAACCCUUCUCCUUUCUACAACCCGUUCCAGUUCGAGAUCACCUUCGAGUGCAUCGAGGACCUGUCUGAAGACCUGGAAUGGAAAAUUAUCUAUGUGGGCUCUGCAGAAAGUGAAGAAUACGAUCAAGUUUUAGACUCUGUUUUAGUGGGACCUGUUCCUGCAGGAAGGCACAUGUUUGUAUUUCAGGCUGAUGCACCUAAUCCAGGACUCAUUCCAGAUGCAGAUGCAGUAGGUGUAACAGUUGUGCUAAUUACAUGCACCUAUCGAGGUCAAGAAUUUAUUAGAGUUGGCUAUUAUGUAAAUAAUGAAUAUACCGAGACAGAAUUAAGGGAAAACCCACCAGUAAAACCAGACUUUUCUAAGCUUCAAAGGAACAUUUUGGCAUCUAAUCCCAGGGUCACAAGAUUCCACAUUAAUUGGGAAGAUAACACAGAAAAACUAGAAGAUGCAGAGAGCAGUAAUCCAAAUCUACAGUCACUUCUUUCAACAGAUGCACUGCCUUCAGCAUCAAAGGGAUGGUCCACGUCAGAAAACUCACUAAAUGUUAUGUUAGAAUCCCACAUGGACUGCAUGUGACCACCUGCCAUCCCUAUAGUACAAAUUAAGCUAUUAAAACAGAACUAUUUCCCUGAAAUUCCGUAAGUACAUAGUCAAGACACAAUGUGAAGAAUUUGUUUAAAAAUCAUCCUGUAGAAAGUUUAUAAGAAGACCAGUAUUUGAGCAAAUUGUGGAAUAUAAAUACAACUAUUUUUAAGUAAUUUUUUCUCUAAUGUGUUAUUUGUUUUGAAACUAAUCUGAUUAAAGUAUAUAUAUUAUUUUCUUCUCUAUAAUGUAAUUAAAACACUUCUAGGAAAAAUACGAAUCUCUACAUCAGGUUGUAAAGAUGUCUUAGCCUCUUGGACAAUGAUCUUGUGGACCACUAUUUUAUCAGCCUUUGAAAGAACAAAGUUCAUUUAAAUGAAAAUACUUUUUCCUAUGAAAACACAGUCUGGUUUAAUUUAAGGGGCAAGUUUCCAUUCUUCUUUGGCAUGUCCUUAAAAAGGAAAUUUGAAAUCAACUAUGUGCUACCAAGAACUUCAAGAACUACUUUUGAGGGCCACUCUGAAGCCUCAUGUGACUACUACGGCGGUUCACGUAAUGUUGCAUAGCAUUUGGUUUGGUUCUAAGAUUAUAACAAAUGCAGUUAAUUGUUCAUAAGGUCCUCUAGUUAUAAUUUUUAUUUUUAUACCAGAGUUUGGGACAUUAGAACACUCUAUGAAUCAUUAUUGCCCAGUGAAUUCAACAUGUCAAAAGCAAUUUCAAACUCCCUAAGUUUAAAAAUAGGAAGAUUAUAAUGGCUCAAGUGUGUUCAUUAGAUUUAUAAAAAAUACUUUGAAUUUAAGUUCUCUAAAAUUGUUUUGAUGUAUCACCCCUCUUGGCAACAUUUAUAUUAAAAUUUGGUUUUGGAAAGGCAUAGUUAGCUUUAUCUUAAUAGACUAAUUACUAUUUUGGAAAUGUGUAUUUUCCCACCUGUAAUACUCAUUUCCACAUCCCCUGACGCUCAUGCAGAAUACUAUUAGGCAUACUGUUGUUGACAUACUCUAGAUAGCUCUUCAGAUAACAAGUUUGUUGUUAAAAGCAAUCUUGGAAAGGAAUCCAUUAACUAAAUGGGUCAGAAGGUUCUUUUCGAGAGCUAGGUCCUUCCUCAGAAAGUUGAUUGAUUGUGUACCAUUAAAUUAAGUGUAGACUAUUUUCAUUCCUCUUGCUGCUGAGCAAGACAUUAGCCAUAGGAUGCAAAGUUACGCAGUGCCUUCGUGUCUAAACUUUUAUACUGCACUUUCUAAAGCUUUUAUUUUGAGGAAUAGAGAAAGAUACUGGGCUAAACAUGGAUUCUAAGGUGUACGUAUUUCCUGUCAUUCUAAAGUGAGUUGUGAGGUAAAAUUUUGUUAAAUGUUAAGCUUUAAAUUUAAUAUACCAGACUAUUAAAAUACUGUUCAUUAACUAGUUCAUAGAUUUGAAAAGAAAAUAUCCAAUUGUUAAAGCUACAUGAAGAAAACUUCUUUUUGGUCUACUUGUAAUUAAAAGAAAAUGUUGACAUGAAGCUAAAAGUGAUACUUCCCAA